GCACUUCCACCAGAAGAAUUUAUCUGAACAUCUUGCAUGAGCAAAGGCAUCCAGACUUGUGACUACAGGCUGAUUGCAUAAUAUCCGGCAGAUUCAUUAUACCACCACAAGAAAAAAAAAAAAAAAAACCUUUAGGUAAAUCAAACCCCCAACCAGGAAACAGGAAGUCUAGAACUUGAUGACAGCAGGGGAGGAAGUCAGAGAGCAAUGGCAAUGCGGUUGCUUGUGUGAGGUGCUGCGAGGACCAGAGGAGAAACUGUGAGAUGAGCUCGUUACUGUUGGCAGGGUUGCUGGUGGUCUUUCUGGCUGGACGAUGCACAGUGUUAGCAGAUGUCACUGAGAAACCAGUACUUCAGGAAAACCCAGAUGUGAAUACAAAAACCCCAGAGGAAUCCCUGCCUACUGAAGAAUACCCAGAAGCAGAUGAUGAUGAUAAUGAGACAGACAGUACUGAUUCCCCAAACAAUGAGUCCUCAGGAGACGGGGAAGCAGGGAAUGCGACACGGCCAGACACACGUUUAAACCGAGCGUGCGACACAGAUCUUCAUGACGUCGAGAAGCCGGCCGAAUGCAAAGCCGGACUCGCACAUUCAGUCAUCAUCCCAAUAGUUCUAGUGACUCUGCUUAUAGUAGUUGUAGUCAUCGUUGUGAUUUUUCUCUGCCGAAGAAGGAAGAAAAAGACCAUUCCUUGUGAUGUAAAAGAAGAGGAAGCUUUGGCUGCUUGUGAUGCUGGAACACUGCCAAUACCCAUGUUUGAUGAUGACAUCCCCUCAGUUCUCGAGCUGGAGAUGGAGGAUCUGCAGAAACUGGAUGGGAAGACAGACAGUUUGGCAGCUGGAGAAACAGCUUCAGCUUCUGGGAUGGAAAGUUAAAUGUGACUCCAGCGAACAGCGAGGUUUUAAAUGAGACCCCAUUAUGCCUUCAUCAAUGAGUGUCCUCAGUACACAGUACACAAUCCACAAGCUGGCAUCUGAAGACCGACGACAAACGACGACUGAAGACCCACCUCUUCAGCCUGCACCUCUCCCCAUCCCUCCCUUCCCCCCUGUAAAUGACUAAACUUAGGGUUGUAACUAGGCAGCUGUUUCAUAGGUGACUUAGGCGCAUCAACUGUCUUAACGACUACUUGUAUUUUUAUUUUUAUUUUUAUUUUUCCAUAGAUUGCGUUGCUGCCAUUCUCGUUGUUAGUGUUAAUCAGAUUUAGAUUUAGAUCUUCUGGUUUAUAAAAUAUCUCAUACUUAUAAAAAUAUAUUCCCAAUAUUAUAAAAUUUGCUUUAAAAUCAUGUUUAGUUAUCAAUUGUGGCAUAAACAGUGUUUAAAUGGGGGGGGGGGGGAUCUGAUAGUAAUUGUGUAUCUGCCUUUAAAUUCUGUUUGAAUCAGUAGAAUGUAAUAUUUAUGCUCAUCAUCAAAUUUUGCUUUUAUUUUUAAUAAAGUAUAUUUUCGUAUAAUCUGUCCCCCAGAAGUCUGUAUAUUAAACUGAGAAGAGGGCAGCGGCUAGCUCUGUAACCGA